UCACGGAGGGCCGCCGGCCUUCUCCUUCCGCCGGGCCCUAGCGCCCCGGGGCCCUGUUUCCGGGGGGGCCCGUCGAGGCCGGCGCGCGCCCAAGAUGGCGGCGGCGGCGGCGGCGGUGAGGACGGCGGGCUCGCUCCUCGCGAGGCGGUGAGGCCGGUGAGGCCCCGUCCCGCGCCAGCCCCAUGGAGGAGAUCGACAUCCAGGCCGGCGAAGGGGAUGAGCCGGGGGCCGGGCCCCCGGGGUCCCCCGACCCGGGCCCGCCUCGGUCCCGGCGGCAGAAAUGCGCCGCCUACGUGCUGGCCCUGCGGCCCUGGAGCUUCAGCGCCUCCCUCACCCCCGUGGCCCUGGGCGCCGCCCUGGCCUACAGGUCCCAGGGCGUCCUCCACCCCGGCCUGCUGCUGGGCAGCGCCGCCGCCGUCCUGGCCGUCCACGGGGCCGGCAACCUGGUCAACACGUACUACGACUUCUCCAAGGGCAUCGAUCACAAGAAGAGCGACGACCGGACCCUGGUGGACCACAUCCUGGAACCCCAGGAUGUCGUCCGAUUUGGCGUCUUCCUCUACACCCUGGGCUGCGUCUGUGCCGCCUGCCUCUACUGCCUGUCCACGCUGCGGCUGGAGCACUUAGCCCUCAUCUACUUCGGGGGCCUGUCCGGCUCCUUCCUCUACACCGGAGGGAUUGGCCUGAAGUACGUGGCUCUAGGCGACCUGGUUAUCCUGAUCACCUUCGGGCCGCUGGCUGUCAUGUUCGCCUACGCCGUCCAGCCUCCUGGCCACCCGCUACACCCUCAGCAUGGCGCUGCCCCUGCUCACCAUUCCCGUGGCCUUCUCCCUGGAGAGACAGUUCCGGAGCCAGAACUUCAACAAGCUGCCCCAGAGGACUGCCAAGCUCAACCUCCUACUGGGCCUCUUCUACGUCUUCGGCAUCAUCCUGGCGCCCGCGGGCACUCUGCCCAAACUGUGAGCCCGCCCCCCUCCCCUCUUGGGAGGGCCCCGGGGGGAAACCAGACCUCCCGGCGCGGUGCUCCGAUCCGACCAGAGCGCCUAAAGCUGGAGCCGGGGGGGGGUGGGGUUUCCGGGAACAGAGAGCCCCGCCCACCGUGGCGGGAUCUGGAGGAUGCCCGUCGGAAAACGAGGAUGAUUUUCAGAAUUUAGGGUCAGCGUCCGUCGGACGGGAAGGAAGGAUGAACCGGGUAAACGAGGUUCACGGUUUCCAGUAGAGGGCCCUGCCAGGUCACCUGCAGUGUGAUGGUGGUCAUCCUUUCUUCUCCUCCUCCCUCCCUCAGCUGACGCUUUCCAGAGCCGGCGUCCUCUCCUCACAGCCACAGUUUCCAGGUCCUCCUAAUCCCUGCCGCUCUCCAGAUAUAACUCCUCGUCUGUCCCGGGUAGGGGAGAUGGCCUCUUUGAGCUCAGCCCGUUGUCCGUCCAUCGCGCGCCGAGCUCUGGAGCCGAAGCGUUUCUGCUAGAGGGAGGGAAGCCCUUCUUAAUGAACUCACCCGGAUGCAGCUGGAGUCAGACAUCUGGUCUUGGUUUUGUCCAUUCUUCUUUCGGCUUUCCUUUGUUGAGUGACAGGUCCAGGUCAGCCCAGGGCAAGGAAAUCUGGGCGGGAGGGCGCCUAGAGGGGGGGAAAAGAGCGGGCUGAAAUGACCUUCCUGGCUUUAACUGGGGUCUGGGAGGCUGAACGUUUCUUUGCAGAUUCUCCCUAAAGAAAGAAAAACAAGUGUCGGCUCCUGAAAGUGCUACCGGGAAGCUUGAAAGAGGGAAUCUAGCGGACCCCGGGUGGGUGAUUUCAAAGAGGACGAUCUGGUUGUUUCGACAAUGCUCUUCCCUAGUCUCUCCCAUUCCCACCUUUCCCGGAGACCCAGGAAGACAUGGUUAUAGUAUUAUCGUUGUGAUAUCUAAGCGCUUACUACCGGUCGAGCUUCGUCCUAAGCUCCGGGAUGGAUGCAGGUCAAUCUGGUUGGACACAGUUACUGCCCCACACGGGGCUCGUAGUCCAAGUUUUGCUUCUGAGCUGCGCUUGUCAAAGGCUCAGCAAGGAGCCUCAUGACACCCGCCGCCCCCCAGAUCUGUAGUUGUUUUGGGCAGAGGCCCCCGGCAGUCUUAGACCGGAUCUCCGUCCCGGGGAUGGCAGGAGCCACCGAUCUCGGGAUUGGAUAUCAGGUUUCCUAUCUUCUGCCGGAUCGGACCGCUCAGUCGACGGAGGGGGUGGCACUAGAUGAAAUCUUUUCACGUAGAGGCCCCCUCCUUCUUUAAGCGGGGCUGCGCCCGUUCCCGUGGAAACUCCAAGGCCGUGGGCCCCAGGGGCAUCGCAGUGGCCCUAGCUGGAGUUUGGAUUGAACUGUAAAUGAUCAGUUGGCGCUACAGGCUGACCCGAGGGAAAGUUCAACGAGAUGUUGUCAAGCCACAAGGAAAGUAUUUGGAAGCCGCAGAUUCCCCGCCCCACCCCAAGAUCCCCACACCUCCCGAAGAUAGAUAUGUUCUUAGGGCUAGCGUUCUGACUGUGCCCAGGAGGAAGAGAGGGAGUUCGGAGGAUCCCCCGGUAUCCGCCCCGAGAACCGGCGGACGCGAAUGCCGAAGCUGACGGGGUGCCAACCGCCCGAGGGGGCGCUUACCCCGAGAAGGGCCUCCCGGCUCGACGGGGCUUCGUCCGUCGCUAACCCUGUGUGUUGAGACGUGAACCCGUCAGCCCGCCCGACCCGUCUGUGUGUCCAGGAUUAGCCGGGGCACUGUGGUUCAGUGCUAACUUGAAUACAUUUUUGAUACACACACACACACACACACACACACACACACACGCCAAACCUGGUGGCAGAUUUUCACCACAGUUUACUGUGCAUUUUAUGGGCACUGCCCUUAGUCGGUUUGACAGAAAUUUUCUUAGUCUUGAUAAUAAAAUGAAAAAGUCGCUCA